UGAUUGAAUUAUUCAGAUAUUUUUGGCAUGUUUAGUAGCAAGUGGUAAAGGUCAAUUGAAAUACAAGCUGAAAAAUUCUAAUGGCCCCUGGAAGGCGGCAGUGUAGGCUUUUCAUCUCAGAAUUUUAGAUCUGGAGGAGACCUUUAAAAUUUAUUCCAAUUCUUAAUUAUAGGAGAAUAUCUAUAAAUCUAGAGACAUUAUAUGUUAUUUCUGAGAUCACAGAGUAAAUUGUUGUUUAGAGCUGGGACUAGUACUAAGCCUCUUCAUUUUUAUUUCAGGAUUAGUUUCUCAAUGCCAGAAUGUGUUCUUGAAAGACACAAUAACCUAGAUCCUGGGCUCCUCAUAUCCUACCUAAAUUAGUGCAGCUAAGGCAGUGUUAUAUAUUUAUAUUGGUAUUUUUAUAAAGGAGCAGAAAUAGACAUGAUUUAUUCAGUAUCACAGGGAUAGGGUUAGGUCAUAAGACCCCUGACCUGUUGAUUCUACCUCUUUACCUUACCCAGUAAGAGACAGCUUAGAGAUAGUGGCCAAAAAAAGCCAAUGGUUAUGAACUAUAGACUAGGAGCUGGAAGUGGAGCUGGUACUAGAAACCAUAAAAAUGCCAGAUGAUGUUUGUGUGUGGUUAAGAGUGCCAGGAUGAUGUGGGUAGGGAGUGAUGAAAGCUUUGGUCAUGAGAAAGCGGGUCUAGAACCUAUAGAAUGGGGGGCAGAAUAAAGGAGGCAAUGGAACCACCAUCAAACUCAUACUUAUCAGGAGGAUUGUUUGUUCUGUUCUCAUGCCCUAGAGCAUAUCACUACUUGCCAGCUAAGAUUUAGACUAAUCAUAGACAGUAAUGAAAUAAAAUACAUCAGAUAUCCAUACAAUAUUUUAAGCUCAAUACUCUCAUAAAUAUUGUACUAUUUGAUCCUUGCAAUAUCCUCGUGAGAUACGUAGAAGGGAUAUUGGUGAGUAGAAAAUAUUAAAUAUAAUAUUUGUUAAGGUAGUGUGCUAGAAACCACUAAGGGAUGUAAGGUUCAAUAGACCCAGGCUCUGUAAUCAUGGUGUGCCCAAUCUUUUGGGGAUGGGGUGGAAAAAUAACCAAUUAUAAUGUAUAGGAAGUUGAAAAAGAUUUAGAAAUUCAACUGUGUCCCAUGGGAAUUUAGAAAGAGUGAUGGUAUUGUAACAAAUUUUGGUAUUUUGCCUUCUUAAUUCAGACUAACUGAAAGGAUAAUGACUAUAAAAAGUAUCUUGACUGUAAUAGAUAUUGAUAUGAUUUUCCUUUAUAACUUUCAGAUUAUUUUUUAUUUUAGGUGAUUUUACAUAUUUAUAUGAAUGAAUUUAUGAAUUAAGGAUGACAGAAAUCACUUAAAUGUUUUUAGUGAUUUUGGCAUAUUAGCCUGGUUUGAUAAGGAGGAAGAAAACAAAGGAAUUGAUUUUUGUAAUGUCAAGCAGAACUUAUAAAUUUAGGACAGACUUAUCUAGACCAAUAUGAAUAAAUAGUUAAAUAGACCCUUUUAAUUGGUAAAAAACCAGGCAAAAUUUAAUAUACUUGAUUUAGUACUAGUUUACAUUGAUGAUGUAGACAACUUCAGCAAAGGAGUGGGAGUAGUGAAUAAAUUAGUUACAACUGACUUUACUGUAAAGUAAUGUUAAUUGUCAGGAUAAUUAUAGGAAACAUUUGCUUACCAAUAAAUAUGAGUUUGACAGUCUUACAAUAAUGAAUUUGUGUUGAAAUAGCAGAUGAAACAGACUUUUUCAUUUUUUUCACUUAUUCCUGGAAUCUAUUUUAGCCUCUAGUUUUUGUUAGUAUGAACUACUUUACUAUUUUCAUCAACAUCACCUACUUUAACUAUUUUUCUCUUUGCCAAAACGGAAAGAAUGCAGCUUCCAUUGAUACAUUGGAGUUACUUAGAAUAUCAACACUACAGAGAAAGGAGAAGCAAAGGAAGCAAUAUACCAUUGUUGCUGCUUUUGCUCAGAGGACAUCCAUGACCCUAAUUAAUGGUCUUUUUGUUCAAGAUAAAGUGAUUUUUUGCCUUUAUUGAUUAACUGGACAAAUUCAGCAUGUAGAGUCCAUGAAGUACAGGACAAUAAAGCUUCCUACACAUAUCACCAGAAGGAUCUCUGUGAAAGAUUCACCACAGGACUACUAGAGAGAAUAAUUUGUCUGAAGCAUCAUGUGUUGAAACAACAGAAGUCUAUUCACCUGUGCACUAACUAGAAACAGAGUUACAAUGUUUUCAAUUCUUUGAGCUCCAGGACUCCAGGGAAGUGAGUUGAAAAUCUGAAAAUGCGGCCAUGGACUGGUUCCUGGCGUUGGAUUAUGCUCAUUCUUUUUGCCUGGGGGACCUUGCUGUUUUAUAUAGGUGGUCAUUUGGUACGAGAUAAUGACCACCCUGAUCACUCUAGCCGAGAACUGUCCAAGAUUCUGGCAAAGCUUGAACGCUUAAAACAGCAGAAUGAAGACUUGAGGCGAAUGGCCGAAUCUCUCCGGAUACCAGAAGGCCCCAUUGAUCAGGGGCCAGCUACAGGAAGAGUACGUGUUUUAGAAGAACAGCUUGUUAAGGCCAAAGAACAGAUUGAAAACUACAAGAAACAGACCAGAAAUGGUCUGGGGAAGGAUCAUGAAAUCCUGAGGAGGAGGAUUGAAAAUGGAGCUAAAGAGCUCUGGUUUUUCCUACAGAGUGAAUUGAAGAAAUUAAAGAACUUAGAAGGAAAUGAACUCCAAAGACAUGCAGAUGAAUUUCUUUUGGAUUUAGGACAUCAUGAAAGGUCAAUAAUGACGGAUCUAUACUACCUCAGUCAGACAGAUGGAGCAGGUGAUUGGCGGGAAAAAGAGGCCAAAGAUCUGACAGAACUGGUCCAGCGGAGAAUAACAUACCUUCAGAAUCCCAAGGACUGCAGCAAAGCCAAGAAGCUGGUGUGUAAUAUCAACAAAGGUUGUGGCUAUGGCUGUCAACUCCAUCAUGUGGUCUACUGCUUCAUGAUUGCAUAUGGCACCCAGCGAACACUCAUCUUAGAAUCUCAGAAUUGGCGUUAUGCUACUGGUGGAUGGGAGACUGUGUUUAGGCCUGUAAGUGAGACAUGCACAGACAGAUCUGGCAUCUCCACCGGACACUGGUCAGGUGAAGUGAAGGACAAAAAUGUUCAAGUGGUCGAGCUUCCCAUUGUAGACAGUCUUCAUCCCCGUCCUCCGUAUUUACCUUUGGCUGUACCAGAAGACCUCGCAGAUCGACUUGUACGAGUACAUGGUGACCCUGCAGUGUGGUGGGUGUCUCAGUUUGUCAAAUACUUGAUCCGCCCACAGCCUUGGCUAGAAAAGGAAAUAGAAGAAGCCACCAAGAAGCUUGGCUUCAAACAUCCAGUUAUUGGAGUCCAUGUCAGACGCACAGACAAAGUGGGAACAGAAGCUGCCUUCCAUCCCAUUGAAGAGUACAUGGUGCAUGUUGAAGAACAUUUUCAGCUUCUUGCACGCAGAAUGCAAGUGGACAAAAAAAGAGUGUAUCUGGCUACAGAUGACCCUUCUUUAUUAAAGGAGGCAAAAACAAAGUACCCCAAUUAUGAAUUUAUUAGUGAUAACUCUAUUUCUUGGUCAGCUGGACUGCACAAUCGAUACACAGAAAAUUCACUUCGUGGAGUGAUCCUGGAUAUACAUUUUCUCUCUCAGGCAGAUUUCCUUGUGUGUACUUUUUCAUCCCAGGUCUGUCGAGUUGCUUAUGAAAUCAUGCAAACACUGCAUCCUGAUGCCUCUGCAAACUUCCAUUCUUUAGAUGACAUCUACUAUUUUGGGGGCCAGAAUGCCCACAACCAAAUUGCCAUUUAUGCUCACCAACCUCGAACUGCAGAUGAAAUUCCCAUGGAGCCUGGUGAUAUCAUUGGUGUGGCUGGAAAUCAUUGGGAUGGCUAUUCUAAAGGUGUCAACAGAAAACUGGGAAGGACGGGCCUAUAUCCCUCCUACAAAGUUCGAGAGAAGAUAGAAACGGUCAAGUACCCCACAUAUCCUGAGGCUGAGAAAUAAAGCUCAGAUGGAAGAGAUAGACAACCAAAUUUAGUUCAAACCAUUUGAGCCAAACUGUAGAUGAAGAGGCCUCUGAUUUAACAAAAUAAGGUUAAAUGAGUAGACAUCCUCAGCACGAAGAGCAGCUGGCAACUGACAGAGGCUUCAGUUGGUGGAAUUCCUCUUUAACAAGGGCUGCAAUGCCCUCAAACCCAUGCACAGUACAAUAAUGUACUCACAUAUAACAUGCAAACAGGUUGUUUUCUACUUUGUCCCUUUCUUUCAAUAUGUCCCCAUAAGACAAACACUGCCAUAUUGUGUAUUUAAGUGACACAGACAUUUUGUGUGAGACUUAAAACAUGGUGCCUAUAUCUGAGAGACCUAUGUGACCUAUUGAGAAGACCUGAACAGCUCCCUACUCUGAGGAAGUUGAUUCUUAGUUGGUGGUGGUAUUGUGACCACUGAAUUCACUCCAGUCAACAGAUUCAGAAUGAGAAUGGACGUUUGUUUUUGUUUUUGUUUUUCCUUUAUAAGGUUGUCUGUUUUUGUUUUUGGGUUUUUUUUUUUUUUUUUUUUUUAAUAAUUGCAUCAGUUCAUUGACCUCAUCAUUAAUAAGUGAAGAAUACAUCAGAAAAUAAAGUAUUCACUCUCCAUUAGAAAAUUUUGUAAAACAAUGCCAUGAACAAAUUCUUUAGUACUCAAUGUUUCUGGACAUUCUCUUUGAUAACAAAAAAUAAAUUUAAAAAAGGAAUUUUGUAAAGUUUCUGGAAUUUUGUAUCAUUCAAUGAUAUGGUGAUCAGCUUUAUAGUAGAAGAACUGUGAUUAAAAAAAAAAGGAGCUUUUUAGUUUUUCAGCUU